UAUAAACGCCGGUGCGUUAUCCCAACGAACUAGAGCAAAGCCUCGCACCCAAAUCAGCAAAGAAAGCAAGCAAGCCAAACAAACGACGUUUCACCCAAUAAGACAUGGAGGAGCGGCGCAGUGACAGCCGACGCCAGGAGCCCAUGGUCGCCAGGGCGGAUGGCCCCCCGAUUCCCGCCGACGAGUCCGACGACGAGUUCGAGUUCUCCUUCGGGAGCCGGGAGCCUGCCACGGGCGGCGCCACGGCCGACGAGCUCUUCGCCGACGGCCGCAUCAGGCCGUUCUACCCGGUGUUCGGCCGCGUCUUCGACGACGCGCACGUGCCGUCGGCGCCCGGCCGGAGGCCGCUGGGGCGGCUGUUCCUCGAGGAGGCGCGGAACUCGUCCGUCGGGUCCACGUCCUCGUCCUCCUCCUCCGCCGCCACGGACGCCGGGGACCUCGACGGCGCGUCCCCGGACACCUACUGCGUCUGGACGCCCGGCGCGUCGGCCGCGUCCUCGCCGGCGCGGUCACCGCGGAAGAGCGGCUCCACGGGAUCCUUGUCGCGGUGGCGCCGCGUCAGCGAGCUCGUCGUCGGCCGCAGCCGCAGCGACGGCAGGGACAAGUUCCGCUUCCUUUCCGCGCCGCCCUCACCUGCCAGGGAGCAGCCCAAGGGGAAGCCAAGAGGCCGGGACAGCAAAGCCACCACCGAGCUCGACACAGUGGCCGCCGGCCACCGGCAGUUCUACGGCGCCAAGGCCUCCCCCGGCGCGGCGCGGCGGACGUUCUUGCCGUACCGGCAGGAUCUCGUCGGCCUCUUCUCCACGCCCAAGGGGCUCAGCCGGAGCCAAUACUUCUGACUUCAAGGAGGCGCGUCCCCCGCCCCGCCGUGAAGAACCAGUUUCAAAAUGUGAGAUUUCACAUUUGGGUUGAAAUUUCGAACUUUUGACCCGGGAGCAACUUCGUGUUCGUAAUUGGCCAUGGUAUAACUGGAUUGUUGAACGGGAUUGAGGUCGUCCAAAAAGACGAGGCGUCAAGUCAGAGCAAGGGAAAUGUGAGGCUUAAAUUCUGGAUUCAGUCAGGGAUAUCGGGCUCUCCAAGUCAAUGUGAAGUUGUGAUCGACAUGUGAACAUAGUAGGACCAAAAAAAGGACUGUAUAGGAGAUUAAAAUACACGUGGAAGCUCAGAAAAGUUUUGUAGUGAUCAUGUGUUACCUGUACAUGCAUGUAUAUUGUACUACCAGAAUAAUAGAUUUUUUUCUUGUAGCAA